UAAAUAGAUAUACUGUACUACAUUUGCGAAGCAUGUGGAGAUUCGGUAAAUUCGUCGCCUCUCCGCAAGGGUGUGCGAAAGUGUCGCUCACGACCAAGUUCGCAUCCGGCAUGUUAAAUGUUAAAGUCUGUAACAGAAUGUCCACAAGCUUCGGCAAUGCUUUGAAGUCCAAAUGUGAAAUCCCGGCGGAAGGAAGGAAGUUCGUCGGUGGAUGGCUUGUAGGAUGUACCGGAAUGGUUUUUGGUGCCGUCGCCCUUGGGGGAUUGACGAGAUUAACGGAAUCCGGUUUGUCCAUGACGGAUUGGCACAUAAUGAAAGAACGACCUCCGUUGUCGCAGGAACAAUGGGUCAAAGAAUUCGAAAAGUAUCAGCAGUUUCCUGAGUUCAAAUUGAAGAAUUCUCACAUGACUUUGGAAGAAUUCAAGUUCAUCUGGUGGAUGGAGUACAUGCAUCGAAUGUGGGGGCGUGGAAUUGGAGCUUUCUUCCUGUUACCAGCGACAUAUUUCUGGUAUAAGGGAUGGUUCCCGACCCCCAUGAAGCGUCGAGUAGCUGCGUUUGGAACCCUCAUUUUGGCACAGGGUUUAUUAGGUUGGUACAUGGUCAAAAGUGGACUGGAGGACCGAUUUCAGAAGCAAGAAGACGUUCCACGAGUUUCGCAAUACCGCUUAGCCUCGCACUUGGGAAUGGCAGUUGUUCUGUAUGCGCUGUUCCUGUGGUCAAGUUUCGAUAUUCUGAUUCCAGCUGUGUCUGUGAAUCCGCAAAUGGUCACUCCUCAAUUGAGGAAGUUCAGAAUGGUGGCACAUUCCACGAAGGGCCUCAUCUUCUUGACUGCGAUUUCGGGUGCUUUCGUGGCUGGGCUUGACGCUGGGUUGGUGUACAAUUCCUUCCCAAAAAUGGCAGAUCGAUGGAUUCCCUCCGAUAUUGCCGCGUUGACUCCAGGAGUUCGGAAUGUCACCGAAAAUCCUACGACUGUGCAGUUUAAUCAUAGGAUUUUGGGUACAACUGUGCUAGCUAGCGUCACUGGUCUAUAUUUGAUGAGUCGUCGCGUGAAGUUGCCGGGUCGAGCACAUUCUGCCGCAACUGCGCUCAUUUGCUUCGGUUGGUUACAGGUGGCUAUGGGUAUUGGAACCCUGCUCAUGUACGUUCCGACCUGGUUGGCAUCCAUGCAUCAAAUGGGAUCCCUAGCGACUCUGGGUUCCGCAGUGUGGCUUACUCACGAGUUGAGAUGGGCGAAGAAGAUACUCCUCGUCCCAGAAAACGUCAAGAUGUUCCUCGCCAGGUCCGCUGCGAUUGCUCGCUCCAACGUUGUCAACUCCGCUCGCCUCAGUGCCAGUCCCCUCACAAGCACUGUUUAUGGCGGACAAACAGCUGAAAAGAAGGUUGAGUCGGGAUUGCUUUCUACAGCAUCCCCUAUGCUUGUAGCAUUGGAAACCCUUCGAACGUCAGCCGUUCAGCGUGAUAUUGAUUCUGCUGCCAAGUUUAUCGGAGCUGGAGCCGCCACUGUAGGGGUUGCCGGAUCAGGUGCUGGAAUCGGAAGUGUCUUCGGUUCCCUGAUCAUCGGGUAUGCGCGCAAUCCUUCAUUGAAGCAGCAGCUUUUCAGCUACGCAAUUCUUGGUUUCGCCUUGUCCGAAGCCAUGGGGCUGUUCUGUUUGAUGAUGGCGUUCUUGUUGCUCUUCGCGUUUUGAAGUCACCCGACGCAUUCUCCGCAAUCCCUGUUAUUUUAUUUUACUCCGUGUACGUUUCCUCCGUGUUCGUCUAUUCUGUUGAUGAGAUUCGAUCUUCUGUGACUGUAUGACUUCUUUCUUCGAUUGGUUCGAGGAACAGCUGAUUUCGAGCCGGGUUUUUGUGCAAGCGCCUGUUGGGCGUUAGGUUGAAACUGAUUUCGUAGUUCAUGAAUGAAGUAAAAGCUGAAGUCCUUCCUGAAAGCUUGUUCUGAACUUAAAUUCCUGGUCUACUCUCAGAAAUUUCUUGAAUCUCAUUCUGGAUAUGGCUUCAGCGGUUCUGAACAGUGAAUGACCUCCGGUUCAGCAUUGCAUUUGAGAUCGUCACGGAGUAUUGUGAUUCAACGGUGCGGAGGUUGGACGAGCCAGUUCCAGAUGUAGUGAGGAGACGUGUAUGGAUUUGGCCAUAAUUUUUUGUUGAGGGUUCCAAAGUUGAUUGUGAACAAUCAGAAUGCAAUAUGGUUUUCUGUUCUAAUUACUGGGAGCUGCGUUUAGAAAUUACAAGACAUGUUGGAUGAGGCAA